AGCACAACUGCUGUCAAGAAUGUUGGUGCAACUGUUAUCAAGCCAUCUUUUCUUAUUUCAAAUACGAUCAGUUUAUGGUGCUGAUUAUGAGUUUUCGCAAAUGAGAGACUUAUACGGGUUUCAACUGGAUCCAAGAACUCUGAUUUUAGAGGAAGAUAGUUCUAAACAAGAACAUAAUGGAGAUCCACUCUUAAGAUGUGCCUUGAGUUGCCAAAAUGAUUGUCAAACAUUUGAAUUUAAAGACGGCGUAUGUCGGUUGUAUAAGGGAUUUACCGUUAUCAAAUCAGCUGACCCCAAUCAAGUUGUUCAGGUCCGAAUAAAGCAUCGUCUGGAUCCACAAUCCCCUCCGAUCCUUCCCAUGGGGCCACAGAUCCUAGUGUUUCGUCAAAACGCAUCAGAUCAGAUAUUUUGGCCCCCUGGCGUCAUAGCAUUGAACAAGAAUCAAACAUCAGCUUUAAGAUAUUCGAUAUUGGACGAAAUACACGAUCUUCGAGGGACGGAUGGCAGUUUCCACUUUAAACUGUGUUAUCCAGAGUUGAAUACCAAUUUGUGCUAUCGAUGGAGUCAGAGUGAACAUCCCCUUGCUGUGCAAGGUCAAGAUGUUCCAAAAAACUUUGUCUACAAGGAAGGACCAUUCUCGAAAUACCGUGGUUUCUUUGGCUUAUCCCAAAGCACUCCACAUCAAUGCCUCCUUAAUGGAGACUUGUCUGGAUCAUCUCGGUGGUGGUUUGCUCUGGGCACAUAUCACUCAUUUGGAGGACAAGAUAUGUUUCCUGGACCUGCUGAAAGGAUAGUCACAUUGGUGGAACUGUAUGUUGAAUUGUAAUUAGUAGACCUCGAAUAACAAAGUAAAAUCUGUCUUUGUGGCCGAAUUUUUUUAUGCCAAAUUUCCCACUUUUUAAAGCCACUUUUUCUCGUUUUUGACUUCAACUAGUUCUCACAUUAUACCCUCAUAUCUUAGCCGUUUUGUCUUGUAAGUGCAUAUGAAUAUCUUCUUAACUACUUAUGCACUCCCCAGCUAUUUCCAAGAGAACGGCCCUCAAGUCAAAACCAAUGAAAUAAAGGCUAUGGAUUUUCAUAACAUCGUUUGCCUUCCACAUUCUUC